AUGGCAGCUCUAGUGGAAAAUGGUAAAGAUUAUUACGAUAUAUUGGCUGGAUUAUCAGCAUUUGAAAGAUCGCACGAAGUGAGUUUUACACUAGAAGAAUUGAAAGAAUUAGUAAAACCAAAGAAAGACGAUGAGAAGAAGAAGUUACAGGAAGGUUCUAAGAAGUCAAGCAAGAGAAUUACUGUGCACGGGUACCUGGGCGGAAAAGUGGACUUGACGGAAGCCUCAAAUGCAAAUUACGAUCUAAGCCAUACUUUGCUGGGUGGUUACGUGCCCAAGAAACAAUUAGAAUCUCUCUCCAGUAUUGACUUUGCGCACUAUUUUCACAAGUCCCUGGACUGUGAAGAUGCUUUGAAGAUCUACGAUCUCUUCAUAUCGUCCUACAACGGGAACAGAAUCAACAAAAUGGGAUCCACCGGAUUAGCAAACGGUAGUUUGUCGAGAUUGAGCACAGAUGGCAAACCACUAAGAAAAGUACUCGUAUGCAAGAAAUGCCACUCAAAAUUCUACGGUAUAAAUAGAAUGAAACAAUUGAAGAAGCACGAUUGUAAGCAAAACUGA